AUGGCCGCCUCUGCCGCCCUGCAGGACUCACCGGAAUGGGAUUUACCCAGGCUGCGCUCAUCAUUUGUCUUUGAGGAUGACUACAGAUAUCUCAAGACAAAGGACAAAACGGAAGAUGAACACGAAGAUAAGGACACCGAGUUCUUCGACGUCAAGUUCUACCCUUACGACCCAGAUGGCGCAGAACCAGUUUUUGCCGCUGUGAGCAAGAAGCAUAUUCUUGUUUGCCGGCUGUCUCAGACCGAUGCCAACGUAAAUCCUUGUGAAGUCAUCAGAAUCAUAAGAGACGAUGAUGAGGAAGCAACGAACUGCUGUUGCUGCUGGUCCAAAGACGUUGAGACGGAGCGGCCUUUGCUCUGUGUUGCCGGAUCAGAUGCCAAGAUCAAGGUUUACGACAUCAAAGAGGGCAAGCUAUACACAACGCUUGUUGGCCACGGAGGAGAGAUCAACGAUCUGUCUACUUCUCCCCAGAACCCUCGGAUUAUCGCCUCUGCCUCAGAUGACACAACAAUCAGGAUGUGGAGCUUGGAUCCUGCCCAUGCCAAGCAGCCGUGUUUGUGCCUCCUCGGCGGCGAGGGACACUCAUGGAGUCUGCUGAGCACAGCCUUUCACAAUUCCGGUCGCUAUAUGCUUUCUGCUGGACACGAUCAAGUCGUCAACCUGUGGACUAUUCCCGACCUUCCAGAACAGCAUGUCGACACCCCUAUAGUCGUCCACUACCCGCACUUUUCCACCUCGGACGUCCAUGUUGGUUUGAUCGACUGCGUCGCAUUCUACGGCGACCUCAUACUCUCACGAGCGUGUCACGAAGACAAGAUCGUGCUGUGGAAAAUUGAGGGCUUCUGCUCCGAAGAUCCUCCACCGCCGCCAUCAACAGCUCCCACAGCAUAUGACCAGAGCAGGACAACUCGAUCUGCUUUCGCCUCCACUAAUUCUCCUUCAUGCCCGACCCUAUGGGUGCGAUUGUUGCAGUUCGAAACACCACAAUGCGGGCCACAAUUCUUCCUGCGCUUCAGCUUGUUUCACAUACAUGGGCAGCACCCUGUACUCGUUUUCUCCAAUACGAAGAGCGAGAUUCUGAUGUGGGACAUGGCCCGCCUGACUGGAUACCAGAGCUACAUCAAUCGAAUCCGGGACCCCAAUCGUGAUCCCAAAGUGAAGGUCAAGCGGCCGGCAUGGUUGCAACCAAACCACCACAAGACGAAGAAGCCCGUCUCCGAGAAUCCAGUUGACCCUGUCUACGCGGCUGCUCUCUCGAUGAGGCCUGUGGGUCACCGCGACCCAUUCAACGUCGAACGCGUUCUGCUGGAAGAGCAGACGCCCGAGACGGUGGAGUCGUGGCAGGCCAAGUACGAUACCAGCAACCCCUUCAAGCUGAUCAGACCACACAAGAUCGAAAAGUUCGGAGGGCCGCGGUUCUUGGGCCGGCAGGUGGCCUGGUCAUCUGCGGGCGAUUGGUGCGUCAUCGCGGGCAGCCAGAACACUGUUAUUAUCAUGCAGCGCUGGCCGAAAGGUGGCAGACACUCGUCGAGCCGACAGAACUCACAUGUUCCCUCCGAGGCCCCAAGCAGGCAAGGCACUGCGGCUGUGAGCACUAGUUUCAGUGCCGGCCGAGCGAGCACUCUUUCUGCGCAGCCGGAGUCUGCUAUAUAA